AUGCGUAAAUUAAGCAACAUCUUUAAACGAAGAGAAAGUGAUGCAGCACAUCAAAAAUCAUCAUCCAGCAGGCGCCCGAGUGAGAUCAUUGUGGCAACUGAUGAAGGGAGUAAUCAUGCCCCACAAGAUUUGUCAUCCUCAUCCACCACAGUUACCACAACAUCCACCGAUGAAGAAACCUAUCCAGAAAACUUUGAUGAAGAAUUUAGACAAUUUCUCGAGAAAACCUAUGGUAACACCAAUCAAUCUCAAGCCAUUGAAAAACUCAUGCUACUCCCGAAAAAGAAGAAGCUUGAAUUGUUGAAAAUGCGAAAUAGUUCAUCCUCUUCAUCAUCGGAACAAAAUUUACUCUCUCAAUUGAAUGAUGUGGUGGAACAUAUCAAGCAACCCAAUUCCAUGCAAGGCUUGACAAAAUCAUUGCAACAUUUGAAAGUCAUGGUUGCUACUCAUGCCGAAAUUGAGGAAGGCUUCAUUCAGAGAGAGGGUCUAGAAAUUCUCAUGAAAAUCUAUGGACAAACUCGUUUACCGUUUGAUCCAAGCAGUAAGAAUUCUUUGCACACGAUCGAUCAUGCCAUGUUGCAAUUUGAUAUCAUUGUUCUACUCAUUCUUAAUAUUACUCAAUUAUGUAAGAAUAAUGAGGGUCUUGAACGAUUUGUUCAUUAUCCGAAUAGUAUUUUGGAAAUUACGAUGGGUUUACAUGUCGAGAGUGAGGAAGCUCGAAAUUCCAUUUACUUUUUGCUCUCGAGUUUGUGUUUGUAUAGGGAGGGUCAAUACUUUCAAAACAUUAUGGAAUGUGUUCAAAUAUUUUCAGAGGUAGCUCGUGAGGAGAGAUUUUUCACUUUGGUUCAUCAUUUGAGAAGUUCCUCAAGCUUUAAAACCAAAUAUAUCAUUUUGGCUUUCAUUAAUAUUUUGAUGAGACAAAGUCCAGUUCAAGAACGAAGAAAUGUGAAACAGCAAUUCGUGAGUGUAGGAAUAUUGAGCGAGGUGAGAAAUAUUGAGAAGGAUUUCCAGUCAUUCACAGCGCUAGAUUCGAAAAUUCUCGAUGACAGUUACAAGUUGAAAAAUCAAGUGGAAAUAUUCAACGCCAUCAUGGAAGGAGAUUUUGAAGAGGAUGAUAUUUUCGAUGAGUUGAGAUGCGUGAUAGAGAGCUUGGAGAAUGACUCUACUACUAGUCGUUCCAGUGGAAUUUCUGAUGAUUUGAGAAUAAUUGUGGAGAGUAUGAUUGGAAAGUGUAAAGAAGAAAAUACGGAAUGGAUUCGUGAGUGUAAAUCCAUUGUGAAAGGAGAGACCUCAUUGAGGAUAUUAAUUGAUCGAGCCACCAUUUUGCAGCAACAAUUGGAUAGUCAGAGCAAGGAAGUGUCCUCAUUGAAAGAGAAACUCAAACAAUUAGCAGCUCAGCAAAAGCCAUGCAUUACGACUGCCGAAAAAUCAGUCAAUACCACAUUGGAUGUGACAUCUUUGCAGCCAACCACAAUGACGAUGAAUCCUCAAAAAGUAGAGGUAUCUCAAACAAUUCCUCCACCACCCCCAUCACCUCCUUCAUCCUUGUCUGUAUCAAGUGGAGGGAAUGCUUCAAUUCCACCGCCACCACCACCUUCAACAAGCUCUUCGCAUAUGAGCAACUUUUCAUCGAUUCCACCUCCACCACCACCUCCUGUUUCAUGUGCUUUGUCAUUCUCAACAACCAUUCCUCCACCGCCACCUCCAAUCAUUAGCACUUGUGGAAAUGAUUCUUCAUUGAUUCCACCACCUCCCUUAGUAAAUAUUCCACCGCCACCUCUUUCUGUAAAGAUAACAUCAGCAACUACAAGUAAUGUACCACCUCCACCGUUGACCGUUGGAUCAGUGCCACCACCACCAUUACCUUCCAUUGGAGUCAUGCCACCACCACCACCAACUAGUCUGAACAGCCCUCCAUUUGUUUCACAAAUGACUCCUCCUACUGUAAAAAUCUUGCCAGAACUGCCUUUGAAAAGAGCAGCCGUACCAACCAAGGACCUUCGUCUCUCCAAAUUGGAAGAUGCCAAGCUGCAGAAAUCAUUGUGGGUGAAAAAUAACCUCCAUGCCAAAUUGUUUGAAAUAGAGCUACCUGAAAAAGAGUUGGAAGAAAUGUUUUCGAAUCAGUCCAAGCCGGUCACACUUGUAUCUUCAUCAAGUAAUGAUUUGUUGAGCAAAAAGAAAGAGGAAACUAUUAGCAUUCUGGAAGGACCUCGCCUUCAAAAUGUAUCCAUAUUCAUCAAAUAUUUGAAAAUUCCUGCUUCAGAAUUGGUAUGCAAGUUGUUGGAAGUGUCCAGUGAUUUUUCAGAGGAAAUGUUGUCCAAAUUACUGACCAAUGCACCGACCGAGGAUGAAAUUCAGCGACUCAAGGACUAUGAAGGCGACGAUAAUUCCUUAAAUGCAGCUGAUAGAUAUUUGAGAGAGCUCAUUAAGGUGCCACGUCUUCAAAGUAGAUUACAGUGCUGGAUUUUCAAGCUGAAAUUUCCUGAAACAAAGGCCUCUGUCUCUCCUGACAUGAGUCUCAUCCAUUCGACAUGCCAAAUAAUUAUGAAAUCACAACAAAUCCAAGAUAUCUUUGUCUUGAUAUUAGCAGUGAAUAACUAUUUGAGCAAGAAGGCCAUGCAUGGAUUCAAGAUUGCCUCUCUGUCCAAGCUUAAAGAAACUCGAGGAAACGAGAAGAAUGUGACUGCUCUGGAUAUGGUUGCCAAAAUGGUACUAGACAAGCAUCCAGAAAUUCUCGCCGUAAAAGAUGAAAUGCAAAGGAUUGAGUCUGCUUCUCGUGUAGACAUGUCUAGCCUCUCUGAAAAAAUUGAAACCUUGGAAAAGAGCAUUAACAAAUUAUCACAAGAGAUUGCUAAAGUCUCAAGCGACGAGAAUACACCCAAGGAGGAUCGAUUCAAAGACGUGUUUGAACCAUUCUAUGAAGAAGCAAGAGGUGAAUUUGUGAAAAUUAAGGAAAGUUACUUUUCAAUGGGACAAACGCUUCAAGAACUCGCCGAGUACCUUGGAGAAGAUCCUUCCAGCGUGAAAAAGAACCCUUCUGAAGUAAUUCUUCAAUUUUCAAGUUUCUUUAAAGAUCUUUUCAAAUCAAUGGAGAAUAUCAAAAAGGAGCAAGAAAAGAAAAAGAAAUUGGAACAAAGUAACAGCAAGAAAUCAAUCGCUACGAGUGGCAGCAGUAGUGGAUCAAUUUCAGACAGCUUGGCUCAAAUGAAUGUACAAAGUCGGGAAACACAAAUGGAGUCUCCAAUUAGUAGUGUCAUCAUCGGAAGUGACAAUAGCGUCUUACCCGUUGUGAAUUCACUCAAAGCGUCUCACAAUAGAGAGCGAACAAAAUCAAUUUUAAGCUCCAUAGAGAAAUCGAUUUAUGAAGGACAGGGUGUACUGUCACCUGGAAAGAAGAAACGAGUCUAUGGAGGAAAUACACCAAAUUCCAUCAUGUUGGUCGGAGAAUUGAAUAGUGCAUUGGGUUCAAGAAAGAAGGAAUAA